GUGACAGUAUUGUUAGCUUUGAUCUCCCCAUCAACUUUCCCCCUCUUGAACAACAAUGGCCCCCGGAGGGAUCCCUGGGGUUGCCAGGAACUGCUGGGCUGGGGCUCUAAUAGUGGCGAUAGCACUGAGAACUCACAGAGCUCAUUGCACAGACCCUCCAGAGCAUUUCCUGCUGCAGGAGAAGUCUGAGUGUCACUACACCAAUGGCAUGCAGCAGGUGAGGUAUCUGAAAAGACUAAUCUGGGGCCAGCAGGAGAUCUGUUACUAUGACAGUGACUUGGGCUUCUCGGUGGCCUGCACAGAACUGGGUCGCCCAAUCGCGGAGUAUUGGAACCGGCUGGAGUGGCUGAGCUACUUGUGGGCUUCAGUGGAGAAGUUCUGCAGUUAUAACUACAGGAGAUUUAAGAACAUCACUGUGGGUAGGCGAGUUAAGCCCAGAGUGAAAAUUUCUACCCUGAAAGCAGAGUCUUCCCACCGCCCCAGCUUGCUGGUUUGCUCUGCAACAGGGUUUUAUCCUUCUGAGAUAGCGACCAAGUGGUUCAAAAAUGGGCAGGAGGAGACAGCUGGAGUUGUAUCCAGGGAGCUGCUACAUAAUGGAGACUGGACCUUCCAGACCCAGGUGAUGCUGGAAACAAAACCAAAGAGGGGAGAUAUCUACACCUGCCAAGUGGAGCACGUCAGCCUGCAAACGCCCAUCACCAUGCAGUGGGUGGCACAGCCUGACUCUGCCAAGAGCAAGAUGUUCAUUGGAAUUGGGGGCUUCGUAGUGGGGUUGAUCUUCAUGGUGCUGGGACUUCUUGUCUACCAGAAGAAUAAGAAAGGGUACCCGUGCUUGGACACUGCAGACUCUCAGGCUGCUGGGAGUGACAGGGGCAGCGCUACAGACUUACUGCUCUGUGCCUAAAUCCUUCCAAGUUCUGCGAAGGGCCAUCUCUAAAUCUUCCCUUAACUCUCUGCAUUCACGCAUGUGCUAUUACUCUCUCCCUUCCCCUCGCUAGCUGUUCUUCAUGUAUUCUUGCUCAGGUCAAUACUGUGCUGCCUCUGGCAGAGAGAAUCAUCACUUUUCCUCAAUCCUAGCAGGUUCCCUUCCUGCCAACUUUUCCUGCUGCCCCGCCCCAGAUUUAACUGCUCUGCAGUUAAAGAACCGAAGUCUUGCAGAUCUGAGAUUGUCCCCCAGGGGCUGAUUUCAUGCAAGCUGUUGACUUGGGGACUCUCCAGUGGAAGGGGAGGGAAGGAUCCAGCUGUCAUAUGGAGCUGAGGAUGGAUGUCCAGCUCCUCCAAGUGCACCACAUACCCAGACAGAAAAGAGGGGAAUAAAUAAUAAUGUUUCUAACUAAUGCUUUGCACUUCGAGAAAUUUUAUCUAAAGGUCUGAAAGGAUUUUAAUAACUGAGUUAAUUAAAAGUUCUAAUUCACCUGG